UUGAAUCGUUGCUUUUUUGAUUAUAUCUUUUUUUACUUAUUUUUAAUUUCUCAGAUUUUAAUUGUAAUUCUUUUGUGUAAUUCCUUCUUUUAUACCGUUCUUUUCUAUUUUUAUUUUUCUUUCCUAUAAUCUUUUUAAAAUUAAAAAAUCUUCUUUUUUUAUGGAAAGUUUAAUAAAAUAAUCUCAAAAUUAAUUUUUAAUUUUGACAUCAUUGUCUUUUAAUUGAACUUUUAAUUUAUUUUCUAUUGAGUGCUGGACUAUUUAAUAUUUUCUUUAAAUUUAAUUUUCUUUCAGGGCCUCCUUAAUAUGAUACUUCUAGGCCUCGCUGUCAGUUUUAUAGUUAUCGGAGGUGCAAUUCCUUAUGUCUUUCAAUAUGCCGAAAUUUAUCAAAGAAAAAGUGCUGCUGGAUUUUCUUUGCUUGUUUGUUUGGCACUUUGUAUUGCUAAUAUUUUGAGAAUUGAAUUUUGGUUUGGGAAACAAUUCGAAACACCUCUUUUGGUUCAAAGUAUUGUUAUGUUGUUAGUUAUGGUUGCAAUGUUAGAAAUUUCUGUUAGAAUGAAUCGGCGUUUAAUUCCAUCUUAUCAACGUUCUUCUAUUUGGAAUGGUGACUUUAUUGAGGAUUUUUGGAAAUGGAAUGAUUUGUCAAGCUUUAUUGUGGCAUUACUUUUUUUCACAAUAAUAUUCUCUUUACUUAAUGGAAUUUUCUACACGAAUGUAUAUUUUGUUGAAGCAUUGGGAUUAAGUGCGUUACUUGUAGAAGCAUGUCUUGGAAUUCCCCAAUUAUUGCGAAAUUUUCAAAGAAAAUCAACUGUUGGAAUGAGCGUAAAAAUGGUAUUAAUGUGGUUAAUUGGAGAUUUAGGCAAAACAAUUUAUUUUGUUGUCCGUGCAAGUCCAGCACAAUUUUGGAUUUGUUCUUGUCUUCAAAUUACAAUAGAUAUUUUAAUUCUCCUUCAAGUUUGGAUUUAUGGACGUAAACACCCCCAUUCAACUGAUUUACAUAAUACUUCCCUUCCAAAUAGUUUUGAGCCAAGCACUACAUCAAAAAUUUAAUUA